AUGUUCCGGGAGUUCACAGGACCGGAAGUAACGUUUACUUUACUGCAGAAAUGGUGGGGAAUGAAUUUUGAUAUAGCAGCCGAGGAAAUGCGACGUCUCGAUGGUGAACCGACACAGGCCGAGAAGCUGCAGUUGUACGGACUUUAUAAGCAAGCCAUCCACGGUGAUAUACCACCCCCGGAGGAUUAUCGGAAAAAUCGUGAACAAUGUGAGAAAGAAUAUGUGAAAAUUGCUGAAGAGAUGAUCAAGAAAUAUGGACGAAAAAUUGUGCGCACAAAAUGGAAUAGCGAAGUAUGGACUGUUGAUUACUGA